CCCGGCAGGGCGGGGCUGCGGGCGGAAGGCUCCGGAGGAGCGGGGCGGGGCGGUGCCGCGGGAGGGGGCGCUGCGGGAGCCGUCCCGGGCCGAUCCCGCCUUACCGUGCGCGGGGGCCGCGAUGGCUCCCCCCAGGAAAGGCGACCUGAGCGCGGAGGAGAAAGAGCUGCUGGCAGUGAUCUCCACAGGAAACACCGAGGAGGCUGGAAGGCUGCUGGGGAGCAAGAAUGUCCGUGUCAAUUGCUUGGAUGAGCAUGGCAUGACCCCUCUGAUGCACGCAGCCUACAAAGGGAAGGUGGACAUGUGCAGGUUGCUGUUGAGACACGGAGCUGAUGUAAACUGCAAUGAACAUGAGCACGGAUACACUGCCUUGAUGUUUGCUGGACUUUCAGGAAACAAGGAAAUCACCUGGAUGAUGUUAGAGGCUGGAGCAGAAACUGAUGUUGUCAACUCUGUGGGAAGGACAGCAGCUCAGAUGGCUGCUUUUGUUGGUCAACAUGACUGUGUGACUGUCAUCAACAACUUCUUUCCACGUGAAAGGCUGGACUACUAUACUAAACCACAAGGCUUAGACAAAGAACCAAAACUGCCAGUAAAAUUAGCUGGGCCUCUGCAUAAAAUUAUUACUACUACCAACAUGCAUCCUGUUAAGAUCGUGUUGCUGGUGAAAGAGAACCCUCUGUUGGCUGAAGAAGAAGCACUGCAGAAAUGUUACAGGGUUCUGGAUCUCAUUUGUGAGAAAUGCAUGAAGCAGAAAGAUAUGAAUGAAGUUCUUGCUAUGAAAAUGCACUAUAUCAGUUGCAUCUUCCAGAAAUGUAUUACAUUUUUAAAAGAGAGAGAGGAUAAACUAGAUGGGUUUAUCAAAAGCCUCUUGAAAGGGAGAGAUAAAGAUGGUUUCCCUGUGUAUCAAGAGAAGUUAAUUCGAGAAAGUAUCCGGAAGUUUCCUUACUGUGAAGCCACAUUGCUCCAGCAGCUUGUGAGAAGUAUUGCUCCUGUUGAAAUUGGCUCUGACCCCACAGCUUUUUCUGUGCUUACACAAGCGAUUACUGGCCAAGUGGGUUUUGUGGAUGCUGAAUUCUGUACAACUUGUGGGGGAAAGGGAGCAGACAAAAGAUGCUCAGUCUGUAAAAUGGUGAUGUACUGUGACCAGAACUGCCAGAAAAUACACUGGUUUACCCACAAAAAAGUCUGCAAGAUCCUGAAGGAACUUCAUGAGAAACAAGAACUAGAAGCUGCCAAAGAGAAAAGGAAACAAGAAAAGAAGCAAAAAAAAGAUGAAAUGCAACUAGUAGAGGGUAGUUCUACAAGUGAACAGCAGUCAGAUCCUGGUCCAGAUCCUACAAAAAAUGUGGAUCCAAAUCAUCCUACUGAUGGAACAGAAGAACCUGAAUUUACCAAAGAGAUGGAGGCACUAGCCCUGCAACCUAAAAGUCCCCUGGAGAAUGAAACUGCCUUAGAUGACAUUGAUCUUCAAAAAAUUCAAGAUUCUGAGGAGUAAGAAGAGGAUAAGAAGGGACUGAGAGUUCUCAAUGGCCACCAGACAACCUCAUCUCCAUCCUGCUUCCAACAGGAAGUUUGGACUUAGAUAAGCUCCAGAGAUCCCUGCCAACACAGACUGUCCUGUGGCUCUGUGCUGACUUAGGAGAGAAGGAGGGAACUCAGAAGACAAGCUACAACCUGAAAGAAGGGCUUUGAAAUAUAUUGAAAGCAUCAUUGACUUUAAGCCUUGACAGACUGAAAGGAGAAAUAUGUGAGGAAGUGUAUGAUAAGAAAUAAAAGUAUUUAUCUUUAGUUUCCUAAAAGUUAGUGUGCAGUUCAGUACUUUCAGGUAACAAAAUUAUGGUAAGAAUUGCAUUUCAAGCAACUUUUAUUAUAACAUUGCAACUAUUUACCAUUUGUUAUCUUAAUUUUUUCAUUCUCUAUACAGCAUAUGAUAAAAGAAAUGUUACACUAAUAUUGUUUUUUGGAAAUUCACUUAACUAGAUAGGUGUUGUUGUGUACUUGGUUUAUUGAGCUGUUAACCUACUUAUAGGGUUAACAUUAGAGAGGGAAAUUGGUUUUUUCUCAUCUAAACUGGACUGUCAGCUUCUCAAGGGGCUCUUCUGCUUUGUUUUUAAGCCAUCUUUCUUGACAAGUGGCUACUUUGUUCCAGUCCACAGAGGAAAAUUCCAUUAGAGAUCUUGUCAUUGCCCGUACCAAAAUUGCAUCUUCGGGGUCCUCAAAUGGUACUCUGCAAAAAGAACAAAGCAAGUCCAUUACCUGAACAUUUCCAAACCACUUCAGAACUAAUUCACAACACACACUCUCUGGAAAAUGAAAGUAGUGGUCAUGUGACACUGAAGAGGGAGGAUUUAAAAAUUUUAAAUUUUCAGAAGAUUUUCUUCUACCAAAUUUAAGAAAGCAGAACAAAAUGAAAAAAGGUCAGAAUCAUGGGAUUCUAUUUGAAAAAAGAUCAUGCUAUAAAUUAUUUAGAAAACAUUUUUAGUAGACUUAAAAAUGUUUCUUGGUUUUCAGAUUUUUCCCUCACAAAAGUUGUAAUUGUAUACUUUUAAUGCUGCUUCAAUGGACACGAUUCAAGUGAUUUGGCACCCAUUAAUGGAAAUGCACACUGAUUUCACUGUGGAUAUCUUAACUAGCCCACAGGCAAAUAUCCAUUCUCCAAGCUCUGAAUCCAGAUCACUGUGAGCUUGUGUUCAUGUAUCCUGCCACAGCUGCAGUCUGGAAGAGAAAAGCAGCAGAUUGGCAACAUCCACUGACAAGCAACAAAACCCUCCAACUCACAUACAAUAUUAAAACUAUCUUACAAGAACUUGUUUCUUAAAAAUGUCCCUGUAGUAACACAACUCAUAUAAGCCACAGGACUAUCUCCACUGAGUAUCAUGUAUUUUUUCACAAAAAGACACCUUGCAAAGCCUCAGCAUUUCCAUAAAUAAGACUCAAGGCAGCUGUACAUCCAUUCUAUCAAUGACGACAGCUAACUGCACUGAAGGCAGGUAAGACUUUUAAUUUUUCAACAGAAACAACCUGAUUUUUAAAGAGCUAUGCUCAGACUACUGUUAAAGGAUAUUAUAGGUAGGCUCUUACUAUUUCCUUCAAAGCAUUUCAGAUCUUCUCAUUUGUAAAGCUAGAAAGCAUAGCCAAGCCUGAUACCUAAAGUUUGUAAAUCUAUUCUUACAAAGUUUGCAUCUAAAAUGUCAUCACAUUAAAAUGCAACCUUUCUCCUGUCUCAAUCCAGACACAUAGAUUAGUUUUACAUUUAUCUAAUUUAUUUACAUUUAUUUACAUUUACAUUUUGAAACUGAACAGAAUAAAAAUAAUAUCAUGUACCAACUAAAAAUGUUUCAUUCUACAAGUCAUAAUGCUUUCCAGAGAGUGUAUUUUUGAACAGCCAGUCAGGAGAACAUUUUCUGGGACAUAAUACAGAACAGCUAUUCUGAUGCUCUAAUACUUUGAGCAUGUUUUUUCUAGUGAUCAGUGUUUGAUCUUACAAAUAAAUGGCAUUGUUAUGUACCCAUUUCCAAAUGUGGAAUACCUUCCAAUACUAAGUUUUAGACAACAAACCUAGUGUAGAGUUGCAGCUUUAUUGAAUACAAAGGCUUGAAACUGUUUCAAAAGCUCAUUUUUACUAGUUGGGGUAUUUUUUAGGUAUAGGAAGAGGAGCUUAAAUGCUUCAGAGAUGCAAAAAUAAGAAGACCUUGAAAACAUUACUUACUUAUUUGUGUUAUUUCCAAAUUCAUGACCUAUAGGAGAAAGUUCAAAUUACGGUGUUAAUGGCUGUACAGCAAUUUGAGUAGCUGAGAAUUGAUUGCUAUCCUGAUUCUAAACUGUUCAAAAUAAUUGAAAACUAGCACACGAUUUGUAAUGUUUAAGAUAAUAUUUUAUUAAAUUUCUGUGGAAGCAAGUA